GCCUUCACAGCCGUCCAGAACCCCCCCGCCAAAAUCUGCUUCAACAUCGGCUGCGUCCACCUCGUUCUGGGGAAGCUGGCCGAGGCGGAGGAGGCAUUUACCCGGAGCAUCGGCUGCGACAAGCACUUGGCAGUGGCUUAUUUCCAGCGGGGGACUGUGUUUUACCGAAGGCAGAACCAUGAAAAGGCCAUUGAGGAUUUCAAAGAGGCGCUGGCCCAGUUAAGAGGCAACCAGCUCAUUGACUACAAGAUCCUGGGGCUGCGAUACAGGCUCUUUGCUUGCGAGAUACUCUACAACAUUGCACUGGUGUACGCCACGAUGGAGGACUGGAAGAAAGCUGAGGAGCACCUGACACUGGCCAUGAGCAUGAAGAGCGAGCCCCAGCACAACAAGAUUGACAAGGCAAUGGAAGCCAUCCUGAAGCAGAAGCUCUGCGAGCUGGUGGCCGUUCCUGCAGGGAAGCUCUUUAGACCAAAUGAAAAGCAAGUGGCUCAGCUGGAGAAGAAGGACUACCUGGGAAAGGCCAUGGUGGUGGCAUCCGUGGUGGACAAGGAUGAUUUUUCAGGCUUUGCUCCACUCCAACCACAG